CACGUGGCCUCGGGGCGGCGCCGGUUGAUGACGUCACGGCGGGGAGCGGUACCGGGAUGGCGGAACGGGAACGGCUGUGCCGGGAAAUCCGAGCGCUCCAAGGUCUCAUCAACAGCCACAGGAACAUCCACGGGGAUGCUCCGCGGCCGCUUCCAGCGGCGCCUCCCAGGUGGAACAACCCCCGGAGCGCCGCCUACGGCCAGAGGGGAGCGUUUUCCAGGAAUUUCCAAGCUCCCAGGAAUUUCCACCCACGCCAGACUCACUCCUGGAGGAAGAAAUACUCCCUGGACAACCGGCUGCCGGGAUCGACCUCCGAGGUUGGAAGCGCUUCCGGCACAUCCCGGGUUUUCGGGAGCUACGGGGACAACCCGGCUCCGGAGCCUCCGGAAUCGUCGCCGGAGAGACACGUGGAUUUCACCACGGAUGGGAACAUCGUUGUGGGCAUCCAGGUGCCACAGAGGGCUGGAGACGCGGGAGCUUCCGGGGAGUUUUCCGGGCGGGAAGCGGCGGUGGCUCCUUUGGGCGAUGGGAAAAGUAUCCUGGAAUCUCCGUACCCGGAAGAGAGAAGACCUUCCCUGUCCAUAUCCUUUAGUUCCACGUCCAGGACCGUGUGUCUGCCUGGAAGUGUGGCUGGAAGCAGCUUUUCCCCCUCUGGAAGCGGCAGCGAAAGCGCCGUGACGCUGAAAUCGGAGCCGCAGGAGCCUUUGGAAUUUCCGGGUCGGGAGCCGGCCGGGAAUUCGGGACGGAUCAAAGCGGAGCCGCCGUCUCCGGGGCAGAGCUGUGAGGAAGUCAAGGACGCUUCCCUGCUCCCCAAACUCUUUGGGAAUGCCAAGGACGCUUCCCUGCUCCCCAAACUCUUUGGGAAUGCCAAGGUGCCCUCUCCGCCCGCUCAGCUCGGGGUGACUCCGGGGAAGAGCAGAUUUCCCGUCAUUCCCAAAUCUCCCGUCUCCAGCAAAGCCCCGAAAUUCCGCAAGAACAACUACACCUGGGUGGCAAAUCCCGGGAAAAGCUGCCGGCUGGUGAGGAGGUGGGGGAGCCCCCGAGCCGAGAAUUCCAGGAAAGGCCUCGGGGGGACGGAAAGAGGAGCCAAAACAUCCCCCAGGGCGGAUUUGGGAGCCAAGGCGAAAAAAUCGGGAUUGCAAUCCAAGCUGGGGGGGGUCUCUCCCAGCAAAUACAAGUGGAAAGCCUCCAGCCUGCCGGCCCUGCCUUCCACUUCCAAGUCGGCAUUCCGCUGGAGGUGCGAGGAUCACAGGAAGCCUCCCGACAUUCCGUGUCCCGGAAGCGCUCCCGCGGCUCCGAGCGCCGCUUCCGCGGGUCUCGGAGCGGGGAAAUCCUUUGGAGAGGCCCCGUUAUCCAGUUAUAAAGUGAAGAGUCGGACCAAGAUCAUCAAGAGGAAAGGGAACGGGGGUUUCCCGACGGAGAAGAAGAACGUCUCGCCCGGCGCGGCCCUCAAGAGCCGCUUCCACCUCCGGAGGAAAAAUUCCGCGCGGGGAAAACCUUCGGCGACUCCGAAACGCUCCUCUCCCAGGAUCCUGGUCCAGGUCUCCAGGCACAGGCUCCGCAGGAUUCCGGCCGCCAGGAAUCCACAGGGGGCCCCCAAGGAAGGUAGGAACAGGCAUUCCAAAGGCUCCCUGAA